AUGCAGACUCUGGUUCUGCCUCCGGCCCGGACGUGGCAGGCAGGGCCGGCCCCGCGGCCUCAGCGGGGGCCCUGGUGGGGCCGGGCGGCACGGGGGGGCCAGGGGGCACAGGGGGGCCGGGGGGCACAGGGGGCACAGGGGGCACGGGGGGGGCCGGGGGGCAGCCCCGGGGCGGCGGAGCGCUGCAUGUCGCGGCUGCUGAGCGCGGUGGAGAGCGAGCUGCAGGCGGGCCGAGAGAAGGGCGACCCGACGGAGAGAGAGCUGCGCGUCACGCUGGAGGACGCAGAGCUGUGGAGGAAGUUCCAACACAUCACCAACGAGAUGAUCGUCACCAAGAACGGACGCAGGAUGUUCCCCGUCCUGAAGGUCAGUGUUUCGGGUCUUGACCCCAGCUCCAUGUACUCCUUCCUGCUGGACUUCGUCCCGGCUGACGGCUGCCGCUGGAAGUUCGUGAACGGCGAGUGGGUGGCGGCCGGCCGGGCGGAGGGGCGGGGCGAGGGGCGGAGCCACGGCGGCGUCUACAUCCACCCCGACUCACCCAACUUCGGAGCACACUGGAUGAAGGCCGCCGUGACCUUCAACAAGGUCAAACUGACCAACAAGGUCAACGGGGGAGGACAGAUCAUGCUGAACUCGCUCCAUAAGUACGAGCCUCAGCUGCACAUCGUGUGUGUCGGCUCGCGGCAUCGCCUCGUCUCCAACGUCUCCUUCAGAGAGACGCAGUUCAUCGCCGUGACGGCCUACCAGAACGAGGAGAUCACGGCUCUGAAGAUCAAGUACAACCCGUUCGCCAAAGCUUUCCUGGACGCCAAGGAGAGGAACCCUGGUGGGCGGAGCCUGUUGGAGCCUGACAGCCGCAUCGGGAUCCAGCCGUGCUGGUCUCUGUGUUCGACCGGAGGGGGCGGAGCUUUCCCCUACGGAGGCGGUCUCCCUCUGACAUCACAUCACCAUGGUUACAAGCACCACGGUUACCCCGGGCGACACACACCUUACCCCCCCACCUACCUGCCACACCGCACACACUCCUCAGUCUGUCUGUCUGAAGGCGUCCAGGUGCUGUCAGACGGGUGGAGUAGCUCCUCCCCUCGCCCCCCCUCCUCUUCCUCCUCCUCCUCUUCCUCCACCCAUCACAUGACCAGCAGCGGCAGCGUUUCGCAUCCUCAGCCUGGAGCCCCGCCCAACUCCAGUCAGUACCCCUGUCUGUGGACGGUCGGCUGCAGUGAGCUAAGCCCCUCCCACUCUCCCUGCACCGUGCUCCAUGGACCAAUCAGCAGCGACGGCCUCAUGCAGCCGCCCAAUCACGGCCGGGUCGGCGGGGCCGCCGGAUGGCCGCCCGGCCCCACCCACUCGUUCUGAGGAGCAACGUGAUUGGCUGAAUGAUUCAGAUGCAAUUAAGUGAAACAGGAAGUGA